CGGGCCAGCCACCGGGGACAAAGGGCGAAGGAAGGGCUGGACAGAACACCAGCGAAGUCCGAAAGAGGCCUUUUUAGCGACGCAGGCCCGGCCGAGGGGAAUGCAGAGGAGACACAGAGACGGCCGGCCCAGAGGACGAUCCGGCCGCAGCGCGCUGGGCGGGCGGCGAUGGAGGGUGUGGGCGCCGUGCGCUUCUGGCUCGUGGUGUGCGGCUGCCUGGCUUUCCCGCCGCGGGCCGAGUCGGUGUGUCCGGAGCGCUGCGACUGCCAGCACCCCCAGCAUCUCCUGUGCACCAACAGGGGGCUUCGCGCGGUGCCCAAGACCAGCUCGCUGCCUAGUCCCCAGGACGUGCUCACCUACAGCCUAGGCGGCAACUUCAUCACCAACAUCACCGCCUUCGACUUCCAUCGCCUGGGGCAGCUCAGACGGCUGGAUCUGCAGUACAACCAGAUCCGCUCUCUCCACCCCAAGACCUUCGAGAAGCUCUCCAGACUAGAGGAGCUGUACCUGGGGAACAACCUCUUGCAGGCGCUCGCUCCUGGCACGUUGGCCCCGCUGCGCAAAUUGCGCAUCCUUUACGCCAACGGUAACGAGAUUGGACGCCUGAGUCGCGGCUCCUUCGAGGGCCUGGAGAGUCUAGUCAAGCUACGGCUGGACGGGAACGUGCUGGGAGCGCUGCCGGACGCGGUCUUCGCUCCUUUGGGCAACCUGCUCUACCUACAUCUGGAGGCUAACCGGAUCCGCUUUUUGGGCAAGAACGCCUUCACCCAGCUGGGUAAGCUUCGAUUCCUCAAUCUCUCUGCCAACGAGCUGCAACCCUCUCUGCGGCACGCGGCCACCUUUGUCCCUCUGCGCUCCCUCUCUACUCUCAUCCUCUCUGCCAACAGCCUGCAGCACCUAGGCCCCCGCGUCUUCCAGCACCUGCCACGCCUAGGCCUGCUCUCCCUCAGCGGCAACCAGCUCACCCACCUCGCCCCAGAGGCCUUCUGGGGGCUGGAGGCCCUGCGUGAGCUGCGCCUGGAAGGCAACCGGCUGAACCAGCUGCCCCUGACCCUACUGGAGCCUCUGCACAGCUUGGAAGCACUAGAUCUGAGCGGCAAUGAGCUUUCUGCUCUGCAUCCCGCCACCUUUGGCCACCAAGGCCGCCUACGUGAGCUCAGCCUGCGCGACAAUGCGCUCAGCGCCCUUUCUGGAGACAUCUUCGCCGCCAGUCCGGCUCUCUACCGGCUAGAUCUAGACGGCAACGGUUGGACCUGCGACUGCCGGUUGCGGGGUCUGAAACGCUGGAUGGGCAACUGGCAUUCUCAGGGUCGCCUCCUUACGGUCUUCGUGCAGUGUCGCCACCCCCCGGCCCUGCGGGGCAAGUACCUGGAUUACCUGGAUGACCAACUGCUGCAGAAUGGGUCUUGCGUGGAUCCCUCCCCUUCCCCUACAGCAGGCAGUAGGCAGUGGCCGAUAUCCACUGCGCCAGGGGAGGGGAUGACGCCCCCUGCAGGUCUCGCGCAGGAGCUGCCACUGCAGCCACAGCCGCAGCCCCAGCAGCGGGGGAGACUUCUACCAGGAGUGGCCUGGGCUGGGGCUGCCAAGGAGCUGGUGGGCAACCGCAGCGCAUUAAGGUUGAACCGGCGGGGUCCAGGCCUGCAGCAUCAGAGCCCCUCUGCCGCUGCUGCUUCGGGUUCUGCCCCACAGUCCUUGGACCUGCACGAGAAGCCAGAGCGAGGACGUCCCACCCGAGCAAAUCUCCCCCAGACGGAGCCCACCCCGACGUCUGAGCCCGCCUCUGGGACACCAUCUGCCAGAGACAGCUGGCAGCGCGCAGCAAAGCAGCGCCUCGCUUCAGAGCAGCAAGGGCGUGCCGUCCAGUACGAUAGUGGCGUCGGCUUGCCACCUCUGGUGUCUGACCCCUGUGACUUCAAUAAAUUCAUUCUAUGCAACCUGACCGUAGAGGCAGUGAGCGCCAACAGCGCCUCGGUGCGCUGGGCCGUUCGAGAGCAUCGCAGUCCCCGGCCGCAGGGCGGCGCACGCUUCCGCCUGCUUUUCGAUCGCUUUGGCCAGCAGCCCAAGUUCCAGCGCUUCGUCUACCUGCCAGAACGCAGCGACUCGGCCACGCUGCACGAGCUGCGCGGAGACACCCCGUACCUAGUGUGCGUGGAGGGCGUGCUCGGGGGUCGCGUUUGCCCCGUGGCCCCCCGAGACCACUGCGCAGGGUUGGUAACCCUGCCGGAGGCAGGAGGUAGAGGUGGCGUCGACUACCAGCUACUGACCUUGGUCUUGCUGGCUAUCAACGCGCUGCUGGUGCUCCUGGCACUGGCGGCCUGGGGAUCCCGAUGGCUGAGGAGGAAGCUGCGUGCCAGGCGGAAGGGAGGGGCCCCGGUCCACGUUCGCCACAUGUACUCCACCCGACGGCCACUGCGCUCCAUGGGCACUGGUGUGUCCGCGGACUUCUCAGGCUUCCAGUCACACCGUCCCCGCACCACCGUGUGCGCGCUCAGCGAGGCGGACCUCAUUGAGUUCCCCUGCGACCGCUUCAUGGACAGCUCCGGUGGUGGGACCGGUGGCAGCUUGAGGCGGGAGGACCACCUCUUGCAAAGAUUUGCUGACUAGGCAGUGCCUCAGGAUCUCACAGGCCUUGGGGAGCCACUCUCAGUGACCCCCGUGUCUUCUCAGAGGAAGAACUAGUUUUGUUAAGACCUGUUUCUUUCUCCCUUUUGUGCAUUUGCUGAAGCCAAGUGGUACUCGAAGUGAAUCUAGAUGCCGUCCUUCACGUCCCAGUACUCACAGUGUAGAUGGAUGGUUCUUGGUGGUCUAACCCAAGAGUGGGGAAAAAUGAAUAAUGGCAUAGAAGUGGGAAGCCUUGACACACUUAGUGCAUGGCUCCUGCGACGUUUCAGCUGACCAUAGCUAGAAAGGCUGCUUUAUGCUCUCAGCAUGACCAGAAGACUCUAGUGUAAAUGCUCUAGGCAAACUGAGUUCUGUUUCUAGUUAAGAAAAAGGGGACUUACCACCAUCACAAAGGGGGUCCAGACACUGACCCCACGGAUUUGGUGGGUUCUGCCAAGAUGGGCAGGGUAAACAGACACCAAUCUCACCUGGGAGCCCUUUUCUGUUGGCUGGUAGAGCGCCUAAGAAGCCUUAAGGUUUAAAUAAGGAAAAGCUACCUGAGACAAUAUGAAGAGAAUUUAACAAACUGACCAAUAAACUCAAAGACUCCUUUGAUUGGACCGGACCCCCUUCUACUGUUUCUCUAGUUCGGGACAUGACCUUUUGCUGACCUUUGGAUAACUGAUAUUGUCCUUGGGAGAAGGCAGCAUUUCAAAGGUCUCCACCAGUCCUGUACCUGUGGUUUUAAUUUUAUUUUUAUCUACACAGGGAAAUAUUGGGUGCCAGAUUUGAUUUUUAAAAAAAAUGCGACAUGUAUGUGUGUCUGUAACCGGUGACUCCCUAGGGCACCGGGGACUUCCAGCUUGCUUACCACAUUUCUGAUAGCAUGCCUAGAUGGGGAUGAAUGUGACCUACAUCUCACGACAUUUCAGCAGUGCCCCCCACCCCCUUCUUGACAGCACCUAUUUCUGAGUUGCACGGGUAGGCAAUAAGCAUAAAGAAAUUGUCAGGCUUGGGAGGGAGGAGGGGCGGCGAGUUCAGUGGUGGAGCUCGCUUGUGAGGCUCUGAGUGAGUCCUAUAAUCUCUGACCACUGUCGUUCUUUGUAAGGAAUAAAACAGGAGAAGAAAUUUUGGGGAACAAAUGUGAAAAAUGAAGAAAAAAAAACCACAGUAGCGAAUAUGUGUUUCUACUAAACCCAGAAAAUCAUGAGCACUCGACUGUCACUGUGAAAUAAUUACGUAUUUUACAAAUUAAUUCUUCUGAUAGCCCGUUUUACUGUUUUACUGUGUUAUUAAAUCCUAUCUUUUAGUAGUAGAUGCAGUAUUUCUUUUCUUUUUUCAUGUUUUGUUUUUAAUUUAGGAUUAGCCUCCUGUAUUUGUUUACUUGUGCUCUUAGCUAUUUGGGAUACUUUUCUUCUCUGAUAUUUAUGAAGUUCGUGUUUAUGAUUAAAUGUAGUGGCUGGGUUCACAUUAAUAAUUCGUGUGUGGUCCACAUUCACUCGCUAAGAGGAUGUACAUGUGGCACCGUCACCGUGGCUUAGGAUUUAUUGGCAGUGGGGUACCACGCAGGUCAGCCAGUUCAAGGUGCUAUGGUUAACAGUGACUCGUCUGUUUCAGGCCUCAGGCCCCUGAGGGUCCCAAUGACUCAGGGAAUCCAUCACAGUCCACGGCCCUUCAACCCGAUCACUCUUUAUGCUUGGCCUACAUGAGCCAUGCUGGCUUUGUCCCAGCUGCUGAGGACCUGGGGGUCUAAAUGAGCCGGUCUUUGUUUAUGUCCAGGAUGAGUAAAAUGUCCAGACCACUUAAGCCACAGCUGCUUUUCUGGCAGUCUUAUCUGCAGGGACGAAACUUAAUAAACCACAGGAAGUAGACUGUCAUUCUGUGUCAGCUGCCAGGCCCUGUUUUCGAUCCAGAGUGUAUGGUACGUGGGAGGUGGGGCUGUGUGCUCUUAUUUUCAACCUGGAGGCUAUCUGGCACCCCCUGAAGAACUCACAGUUUUUCAUGCACAGCACAGUUGCAUCCCUUAGCUGUUUUAUUUACACGGUGUAAAAGUGAGAGCCGUUGAAGGUCUGGAAAAGACCGCUGAUUAUGUUUACCAUCUGCCUUUCCGAACUGUAGACUGUCACCAGGAAUGCUUAAUGGCUGGACUUAAGACGGUCUCACCGAAAAGUCUUUCAGUGAGGCAUGGAUGAAUGUUAUAUGUUGUUACAUUCAGUUAUUGUCAAUAAACCCACAUACUAAUGGA